UUCAACGCCCAGUCUACCAUCAUUGUCAUUCUCUUUGCACCACCAGCGGGUCGCUUCACACGGUCUUUACAGGGUUCGUUCCCGAUAACUAAACAAGCAAUGAUUUACUUCUCUCGUCACCUGGCCUCGGCCGCCUUCGCGUCGGUCGCCAUCGCCGAGAAGACCUUUUGCGGUGCCCCCAACGCCUAUGAAGUCCUCACGGGCACCCCGUGGAUCGUCUACUCGAUGAACUACGCCUACCAGGCCAUCAAGGGAUCGGCCUGCACCGGUUACUGGGGCACCUCCGGCUCUGGCGAUGCGCAACGAAUCCAAUGGAGCAGCAUCUGGGACAUUGACCCAACGUACCAAAAGGACGUCGUGAAGGGAUACUCCUUUAUUGGUUUGACCCAAAACCUCGACACCAAGCUCAGUGACAUUCAGAGCAUUCCAAGCACCUACAGCUGGAUUGUCUCCAACUCUUCGGCCUAUAAAGGCAACGUCGUCUAUGAUUUCAUGACCUCCGACACCAAGGGCGACAGCACGUCCAGCAACGCCCAGGAGCUUAUGCUAUGGCUCCGCUGGGAGGGUGGACAGGUUCCCAUCGGCUGGGCCGAGGGACCGACGGUCACGAUCGACGGUCUCUAUGGUAAGGACGGGUGGAAGCUGUACCAGGGCAAGAACACCGACACCGGCAUCACGGUGUCUUCACUACUCGCGCCUACCCAGUAUGGUGACCUGGAGAAGGGCUCCUUUGAGGGAGACAUCAAGGAUUGGCUUCUGGCGCUCUCGAAACACGGUGUCUUUUCCGAGAGCACCUACGUCAAUGUUGGAAACGCCGGCCAGGAGCCGUACUGGGGUACUGUCACCUUCAAUAACACUCUCGGCUUGAACAUCAAUAUCUAA